CAAUCUUCCGCGAAUUUCAGUUAAAGCGGUUAUAAUUUCAAUAUGUCGGUUCAAGAAACUCAGGUUGAGUACGAUAUAAGUGUUCACUUUGUCGUUCCAAAAACUUGCAAGUCCGAAAAUGAUUGCGGGGAAACAAUGUGGCAAGCGUUUAACAAAUGCAGUGAACUUGGGUUACAAACAGAAUGGGUUACUGAAGAGUUUUGCAAUAAGAUAAAUGCAUCUAAAAGUGAUGUAUUUAUCAUAGAAGAAUUCAAGGGUGAUUUGUUUGAAAAGUUGAAAAAUUUCAAAUGCUCCAGAAUAGUAUCAUCAAAGUGCUUGCUUAUUUGCCUUAUAAAUGGAGAAUCGAUUCCAGAAGGAACAAGUCCAAUAUAUACAACAGCUAUGAGAGGAAUGUAUGUUUGUGCAUCAGGUUUAAGUUCUGAAAGCAAGCAUCAGCUACAACAACAGAUUGAAUAUAUGGGAGGUUUUUUUACAAAACAUUUAAGACAUUCUGUCACACAUUUAGUAGCAGAUUCUGUGAUGUCUGCAAAGUAUGAGGCUGCUAUAAAAAUGAAUAUAUCAAUUAUGACAAAGAAAUGGGUAGAAGCUGUCUGGGAAGCAAACUUGAAGCAAGUAAUUAAGGCAAAUGAUAAAAUUUUUGAUGAAUACAAAUGCCCAGUUUUUAUGAAUCUGAUAGUUACGUCAACAAAUCUUCCCAAGCGUCAGAAAGAAGAAAUUAAACGUCUCAUACAUGACCAUGGAGGAACAUUUAUGGGUCCUCUCGAUGGAUCAAAGGUUCGAGUGGUUGUAACUUCCGAAAAUGGCCCUUUAAGCGAUAAGUUGAAGUAUGCAAUGAAUAAUGACAUUGCCUGUUUAAAACCAGAUUGGGUAUACGAAAGUAUUAAAAUAGGUUACGCUUUACCUUUCCGUGAUUUUAUUAUCAAAUCUAACAAAGCAUGUUCAACGCCGGAGAAGCUAAAUAGUCGAGAAACGCUUAAUUUUUCCGAAAUCAGCAUUAUACCACAUGAUAAAGCUUCGAAUAAUUACAUAAACGAAAGUUUCAGUACGACACCAAACUCCUCUAUUAUCUCUGUGACCGGAGUAAUUAACAAUUCCUCUGACACGGCUGCGUUACAUGUUUUGGAUCGACUUAAUCUCAGCGAAGUGAAAUCCGCUGGACCAUUUCUGGACGGAUGUAAUAUUUACCUCGCAGGAUUCGCGGCAAACGUUCGAGACAAAUUGAACAGAAUACUAAACGUCGGUGGUGCGACGCGUCUCGAUGAAAUAUCGGAUGCUGUCACGCACGUGAUCGUCGGCGACGAGAAUAAAGCAUCCGCGGAGCUAAAAGUGAUGAAAUCGAGAGGUUUAUGUCCUUACAUAUUGAGCAUAAACUGGCUGGAGGAGAGCAUCAAAUUUAAACGGCCGGCUUCAGAAGAACUUUUUCUAUUUGAAACAAAAGGAGCAGUACUUAAAAAGAAUACUGAAACACUCGCUUCUCCGCUCAGUAAAAAGAAUUUACAAAUGUUGCAACAACCGAGGAGACCUCCUGUUCCACUUUUCAAUUUGGAUGAAGAACUCGCAUCCAAGAAUGAAGAACAGCAGCCUAAUCUUGUGCAGCAAUAUCUGCAGGAAACUAGUGAACGUAAAAGCACAAUGCAUAAUCUUGCGAAGACGCCCGUUUUGGAGGAUAAUUUGAGCCGAAGUAAUUUGAAUAACACGAAAGAUGUACGUAUUAGCCAGAUUCGUUUAUCAAAUAUCAUGCAGAAUAAGAACAUGGAAAACGACAGUGAUGUGCCUCUCAGCCAAAGCUGCAAGAUAAACGAGGAUUUACUUAAAGGGUUGACGUUUGCUGUGAUCGGCUUUAACAAUGACGACAAUCACGUGGAGGAGACGAUCGUGAUGUGUGGUGGACGCGUGGUUUCUAAAAAAUAUAGUGGUAUUCCAGAUUACGGCGUUGUGCCUGUGCUCGGAGCGCCUUUGAAGCACACAGUCAACGAAAUCGUAACCGAUUUGUUUAUCGAAGAUUGCAUAAAUCAGGAUCAAAUUGUCGAUAUUAUGUAUUACCACAGGCCAUUAUCUAUCAGAAAACCAUGUAAUCCUCUAUCAGGAUGUGUCAUUACGAUGAGUAUGUAUACAGGGACUGAGCGAGUAUAUCUCUUAACAUUGGCCACGAAACUUGGUGCUAUAUGUCAAGAUAUGUUUGCACGGAUCGCUAAUGUGGAGAAGCAUACACGCGGCAAUACGCAUCUAGUCUGCCCGACGCCAGAAGGAAAUAAAUACAAUGCAUCGGUAAGAUGGAAAUUGCCGGCUGUCACUGCCGACUGGUUAAAAAGCUGUGCGGAGCAAUUAACGCUUGUAGAUGAAACUGAAUUUCUUGUCGGGGAAACAAUAGCGCCUGAUAGAUCAAAUUCUAUCAAUGGGACAAGUUUUCUUAACAAAGAUGAAGAAAAUAGAACGAGCUUAGCGGAGAAAGCCACAACAAGAAUUCUGCUUACACCGAAACGUCACUUAUCUCAAGUCAAAAACCAAGACACUCUGUCUCCCGAAACCCCAUUGAUAAACAAGAGACUCAAUCUCAUGACGAGUCAGGGAUCACAGUCGCCGUUUCAUAUUUCUACACCUGAGACUCCAUAUGGACAAGUCUUUGAACCCAAUCCUUCACCGAACACGCGAAAGCAGUGGAUCAAAUUUGCGGAUAAUUUUCCAGAUUUACGAGUAUCGGAACCGCCACUUAAACGACGUUUACCCAGCACUCCGCUUUCAGAAUUGAAAAAUCAACUUUGGGGAAAACUGUUGGAUGCAGCUCAAUUAGAAUCGGAAAACGCAAGCGAAAGAGCUGAAAAAGUUGAAAGAGUCGAAAGAGUUGAAACAGCUGAAGUUGCGGAAAGAGAUGAUGAAGUCAACAAUCAAUCCAACAAAGAUCCAUCAACGCCUACGUCCAGAAGUCAAAAGCUCGAAUUUGGCGAAAACAAUAGCCCAAUAUCAACUAAACCGAAUAACGAGAUAAACAUGCAAAUAGCGCAAUUGGAUCAAAUGCUUCAACGGACAUCGAGUACUCCUGAAAACAGGUACUCUCUAUCCGGAGAAAAUGCAAAGAAGUACAAUGUUGAAGCUUCUGAUCACAUACAGAAAUGCAUAAUAAAGGAUUCGCAACCUAUCGACGCUAUCGUGUGGGAAGAUCCGGAUCAUCCAAAACAGCUAACGAUACAAAUAAACAAGAAUGAUCACAGCAGUAUGGAUGUCGAAGAAUGUAUCGAAGCCGUUACGGAAUACGAAGAUGAACCACAGAUAACGCGAAAGUUUAUGCUGUCGGGUAUAAAGGAUAGGAACAUCUAUGAACAAGUGAUAAAACAGCUGGGCGGAGAUGUAUCGACGUGCACGAAUUUCGAUAAUAGUGCUACACAUCUUUUAUGCAUCAGACCAUCUAGAAACGAGAAAAUGCUUAGUAGUAUAGCUGCUGGAAAAUGGGUCCUACAUUGCUCAUAUUUGCGGGAUUCCGAUCGAGCAGGCAAAUUCCUCAAUGAAGAGGAAUAUGAGUGGGGAAACCCACAGAGUAAAGAUGUGAUUCCGAAACCGAGCGGCGAGAUCGAACAGGCGAUCGCGGCUGCAGCUUACAAGUGGCGAGUGAAGUUACAUCAGGAACCAGACGGUCCAUUUUUCGGUAUGGUGGCUUUAUUAAUGACUUCCGAGGAGAAAUAUGAUCAGUUUAAGAGACUAAUCGAAGCCGGCGGUGGUUUAGUUACGCAAGCAAGGCCACCUUACGACACUAGUCCUUCCGGACAUAGGAUCACACACUGCUUCGUCAAUGUGAAACAGAUGAACCAGCCCAUAGACUGGGCUAUGCUGGCCAGUAAAGGUAUCCUCUGUUUCUUGCCGCAGUACCUUAGCGAUUACCUGACGACAGUAACCCCGCUCAAUCCGCGGGAUUGCGUGGUGCCAGAAUUUAAGAAAUAUCUCACGCUACUUCCAAAGUAGUCGUAUAAUGGUGUACAUGUAUAUAUUACAAGUCAUGAAGUGAACGAAAUGUGUAUAAUAAAACCAAUUAUUUUUCA